AAGGUCCCUGAGAGGGCCCGAUCCGCGGGCUGAGAGAGAGGGCGAAAGCAAGUAGAACGUUCGAGAUCAGCCUGGUUGAAUCUCGUGCGAGGCCUUGUGGCUGCUCCCACUGCAAUUUAUACGAACAACAGAGCCAAAAACCUGCUGCUUCCCCCGUAAUUCAAAAUCUUCGGGAAGCUUCCUUCGAACCAGAGGAAGAGAGAGGGAGAGAGAGAGAGAGAGAGAGAAAGAGAGAGGCGUCGCCACAGAUCGAUCCCCUUUUGUUUUGGCAUUCGAAUUUGGCGUGCGCUUGUUCGAAUCAGGGAUUGUAAUCUCGGUGAUCGGGAAGAUUGGAAGAAGUUUUUCUUUAUUGGGUUCGCAAUGGAGAACGGAGCAGUUUCGUCGGAGACCCAACAGGGAGCUUCUUACACCUAUUGGGUCAGGGAAACGCGGAAGGAUGCAGCUCCUCUUCCUGUACCUCGCAAGCUCUCUGCUGACGACAUUCUCGCUUCUCAAGCGUCUCAGCCUCCUACCCUUGGCUCCGUCUGGAAUCGGGCUGGAACUUGGGAGGAGAAGAACGUGAAUAAAUGGGCAAAUGAUAGAAUGAAGGAGUUGCUAAUGUCAGUGGCCUCCUUGGAGUUCUCCAGUGGUAAAGCAGAAAUAGUGGAUGUAUCAAAAUGUGUUGGGGAUGCUGUUUUAGUGACUGUCCGUAACAAGAAGCGUGUUGGUUAUACAUACGAAUUGACAUUGAAAAUUAAAGGUGAGUGGACUAUAAGACAGGAGAAAAAGAUGGUGAAGGGGCAUAUAGAUGUCCCAGAAUUCUCAUUCGGGGAGCUAGAUGAGUUGCAGAUGGAAGUGAGACUUAGCGAAGAGAAAGAUCUUGUGGGAGAAGAUAAGUUGCAGAUUUGCCAAGAUUUGAAGCGAUUUUUGCAGCCCGUUCGUGAAAAGUUGCAUCAAUUCGAACAGGAACUCAAAGAAAGAUAAAAAAAAAAAAAAGGGUUAAAUCAUUCUGAACAGCUAUAUGUGUCACAUUUAUUACUGUGCUUCAACGAUUGAUUGGCUUGGCUAGAAUGUCUUAUUGGAUGAUACCCUUUCAAGGAUCAUAAUUUAUGAACAAACACCGCAGAUCUAUAAUCAAUCUAUAAGGGCCUUUGAGAUGAUCAAAUUGUAAUAACUUAAUUCGUUGUGGAAACUUCCUUCCUUCUAGAUUCUUCAAUGUUCAAGGAACUUUGAUGAGGUCUUUGAGGAUAUGAUGGGACUGCUCUGUUUCCUUGUAUGUGUAGUGGAUGAUAUUUUGAAUUCAUUUA